AUGAGUAAUCCAAAUCAUCCAUAUCGUCAAAGAGUUGUCUCACCUCCCAAUUCAGCGCCAUAUCCAAUUAAUGAAAUUGAUUAUAAUAACAAUAAUAACAAUGGAAGUAAUUCUGCUGUAAAUUCAAAUUCAACUUUACCAAGACAUAACGGUUCAUCUGCUUCAUUAGCUCCUCCAUUGAAUAAUAUUGCUCCAAAUGGUCCAAUUUUGAAAUCUCCUACUAUAAAUGCCAUAAAUAAUCCUCCUUAUCCUUAUGAAGCUCAAACUCCACCUCCUGUUUUUGCCCCUACCAGAGAUAGUAAUCCACAUAUGGUUACUUCUCCUCAAUCAAUUCCACUUUCUGCUACUUCUUCAGUAACAAAUUUGAAUUUAAGUCAUCAAGCCAUUUAUUCAAAAUCUGAGAAUAACUUACUUACUCCUCCAUCAAAAUAUAUUCAUUCAAGAUCAAUUUCAUCUAGUUCAUCAUUCUUUUAUGAUCGUAAUGAUAAUGCUAGUAUGAUUGAUUUUAGUCAAAAUAUAAUUCAACAACAUUUAGGAAGUAAUUCAACUCAAUUAUUACCUAGAAUUAAAACUAUUGAAUUAUAUCGUAAAAAUGCUAAAAAAUCAAAUGAUCCAACUGUCUUAUUUCAAUAUGCCCAAUAUAUGCUUCAAACUGCUUUAUUAUUAGAUUCAGAAAGUUUAAAUCCUCAAGCUACUGCCACCAAUGCUAAUAAUAGUAGUAGUAAUGCAUCAUCAUUUAAUACUCCAACUCAAUCGAUUGAAAAUUCCCCCAAGAAAAAUCUGCCAUUUGGAAAAGAUCAUAAUGGAUCUCUUUUAUCAUUACCAGGUCAACAUAAGAAAUCAAGAUCAGCCAAUUCAAUUGAUGCUCUUGGUAAUGAAGGUAAUGGUGAAAAAAUGGAUGAUAAAAAAUUAAAAAGAUCAUUAUUAAAAGAAGCUGUGUUUUAUUUAAGAAAAUUAUCGGAUAAAGGUUAUGUUGAAGCUCAAUAUCUUUUAGCAGAUGCUUAUAGUUCAGGUGCAUUAGGUAGGAUUGAAAAUAGAGAAGCAUUUGUAUUAUUUCAAGCUGCUGCCAAACAUAGUCAUAUUGAAUCUGCAUAUAGAACUUCAUAUUGUUAUGAAGAAGGAUUAGGAACUGGUAGAGAUGCUAGAAAAGCCGUUGAUUAUCUUAAAAUGGCUGCUUCUAAAAAUCAUGCUGCUGCCAUGUAUAAAUUAGGGAUUUAUUCAUUUUAUGGUAGAAUGGGUUUACCUCAUGAUAUUGCCACCAAAAAGCUUGGUAUUAAAUGGUUAGAAAGAGCAUCAAAUGUAGCUAAUGAAUUAACGGCAGCUGCACCAUUUGAAUUAGGAAAGAUUUUUUAUAAUGGUUUUCAAGAUAUUGUUAUUCCUGAUCAAAAAUAUGCAUUAGAAUUAUAUUCUCAAGCUGCUGCCUUAGGUCAUGUUGAAGCCGCUGCGAUUUUAGGUCAAUGUUAUGAACACGGAGAAAUUGUUAAUCAAGAUAAUGAUUUAUCGAUUCAUUAUUAUACACAAGCUGCUUUAGGAGGAGAUCCUGAAUCAAUGUUAGCUAUGUGUGCGUGGUAUCUUGUUGGUAGUGAACCAUUUUUACCUAAAGAUGAUAAUGAAGCCUUUGAAUGGGCUAGAAGAGCUGCCUUAUGUAAUUUACCCAAAGCUCAAUUUGCAUUAGCUAAUUUUUAUGAUAAAGGAAUUGGAUGUAUUAAAAAUUCUCAAGAAGCACAAAUUUGGUAUAAAAAGGCGGCCGAAAAUGGUGAAGAGAAAUCGAUAUCAAGAAUUUCUGAUAAAGAUACUGCAAAUAAAUUACAGAAACAAAUUUUAAAGAAGAAAUCAAGUGGUAAAUUAUUUAAUGGAUCAGGUAAUAAUCCAAAUCAUAGUAGUAGUAAUAGUAAAAAUGCUGCUCAAGAUAAAGAUUGUGUAAUCAUGUAA